UUGUCACAGGACCCCGAGAAGCACGUUGAGAUGUUUACGGUGGAAGCGCCGUUAGCUGUCGGUUAAAAGCACGGAACGUUUCUGGCGCGAAUAAGUUGAGCUGUAUGCACAUGUUAAGAUAAGUUGAGACAAACAUGGUGACUUCACUGGUUGUUCCAGUUAUUGACGUCCAGAAUGAUAACUUCAGAGAGCUUUGGCCUGCUAUGGUGCUGGCCAUUAAAACGGCUUCCUUCAUUGCAGUGGACACGGAGCUGAGUGGUCUUGGAAACAGGAAAGCCUUGCUGGCCGAAUCUAUAGAGGACCGAUAUAAAGCCAUAAUCCAUGCAGCUCGCUCUCGCUCCAUCCUCUCCCUGGGAAUCGCCUGUUACAAGAAACUGGGCGACAAGGCUGCAGACACGUACCUGGUCCAGGUGUAUAACCUCACCCUGCUGUGUUCAGAGGAGUACAUCAUAGAGCCCCAGUCAGUCCAGUUCCUGGUUCAGCAUGGCUUUGACUUCAACAAGCAGUACGCCCACGGAAUCCCUUACUGCAAGGGCAACAAUAAGGGAGCAACAGACGAUCAGGGUGUCCACAUCCGGGCCUUAUUCACUGAACUGCUGCGUGCCAAGAAACCCCUGGUGCUCCACAACGGCCUCAUCGACAUGGCCUUCCUCUACCAGAGUUUUUAUGCACAUCUGCCCGACCGAUUGGCCAACUUCACAGCCGACCUGUCUGAGAUGUUUCCUGCUGGCAUCUACGACACCAAAUAUGUGACUGAAUUUGAGCUACGGCUCACUGCCUCCUAUCUGGAGUAUGCCUAUAAGAAAUGUAAGCUGGAUAACAGUCGCAUCGAGACCUCUGGAGGGACCGGGCCUCACGUUCACGUAGACUUCUGUCAGUAUGCCGGUCACAUGUCCAGCUAUGUGGACUACAGAGUGUGUCCAGCUGUGGCUUCUGCUGAGGGACAGACUGAGAUCUGCCAGCGCUUCUCUGCGUUUGGCUGGUGUCCGAACGGCACCCAGUGUCCGUUAUCCCAUGACACUGACCUGAUCGUCCUCCAAGAUGAGAAAGGUACGGGGGACAAGAAAAGAAAGAGGAGGAGACACCGAGACAAGAAGAGAGGUAGAGGCGAGGCAGCGGAAGACUCUUUCAUCUUCGAUGGUGCCCCUGAAAACAAAAUGCCCCACAUGGAGGUGGAUCCUAAACAAACGCCAGAUGACCAGCAAGAGGUUGCGCCGUGCCCAGAAAGAGGGCCUCUCAUGGAGAGCGACGGAAUCACCCAACAGAAAGAAGGAGAGGACAUGAAGACAGACGGCGAGGGGAACGGAGUGUCUGAAAACAACCCAGACUGCAGAAACCCCGCGACGACAGCCACAACCGAUGACGACACAAAAACCAACACGAACGAAGGAGAGGACAUGAAGAUAGACUGCGAAGGGAACGGAGUGUCGGAAGUUAUCCCAGACUGCAGAAACAACGCAACGACAGUCGCAACUGAUAACAACACAAAAACCAACACGAACGAAAGCAGAACAGAAGACGGAGGGAGAGAAAAGUUUAGCGUGCAGCCGUCUAAGACUGACGAUCAGAAGAAGAAGGCCGACUCAGGAACGCACCGGGCCGGCUUUGACGCCUUCAUGACGGGAUACAUUUUUGCCCACUCGUGUACCCUCACCAAGAAGGAAGGAGUAGGAGCUGUAGAGAAGGAGCAGGAGAAGGAGGAGCAGUUGUGGCUUCCUACGUGUCUCAAUAAGAUCUACCUCAGCGGCAAGGCAGCUCCUCUCAACGUGGUUAAAAGCACCUUCUCCAAAUCCUCCAAGGCCCAUGUGCAGAAGAUGGAGACGGUAUGGGCAGGGAGAGCGUAGUGUGCAUACAGCAUUAUAGUGUAGUGUACAUUUGCAGGUUCACAGUUAGGCUAUACGGAUAGAAAUGUUGGUCCACCACACCACAGUCUAGAGCAAAAUAUCUCAACAACUAUUUCAUAGAUUGCUGUGACAUUUUAUACUAGAGUUGGGCCGGUGUUAAAAUGUUCAGACCGGACAGGUGUACCGAAUUUUACCACUAGGCGUCGCACUUGACUCAGCAGCUGCUUUACCAAAACUCUGAGGAGCAGCUUGUCACUAAAGUGAGAAUAGAUGUCCACCUUAAGUGAGCUAAAGUUGUUGCUAACUCCGGGGUUAACCCUCUUCACUUUAAUCAGCAGAUUAAUCAGCAACACACGAGAACUCGGCUUUUAUUUAUUCACCGACAGCCUGAGCUGUACACACACACUGCACUGCUCCGUUCACAGCUAUAACAUUAUUGCUAACUUCAUUCUCACCGUCAGUCCAUGACACACGCUCGCUCCCUCUCUUCCUCGACCAUUUGCUAAUGUUACCGGGCCGCCUGGCUUGUAAUAAACUAGCUGGCGGGAGCCCGUCUUGUCUCGUCACCCCCAAAAACACAUGCCGGUGUUAUGUUGAAGUCACCGGCCUCUGAUCAGCCUGUCAGACACCAGCGGUUCAGUUAGUCCGUUUAUAAACAAACAUAUUAUGUUAAUCACGUUGUCAUUUUGCUUAUUAUUAAUGCAAUACAAGCUGGAUUUAACGCUGUGACGCUGUCAGCAUCUGUUGCUGAAAGGUAGCCUACUUUUUAAUUUGCUACAACAGCCAGUUUUAAGUUUGUACACCAGACCGGACCGGCAAAACCGGAUAUCGACCCUACUCUGUUUUGUACAGACGUUUAUGAUCCCCAGAGGAUGAAUCCUACUGACUUCAGUGAUCCCCUGACUUUUUCCUCCAUCACCAUGAGGUUGACAAUUUAGUUUUUUAGUGAAAUAUGUUGACAAUUAUUGGAGAGAUUAGAAACUUCAGUGAUCCCUGAGUUUUCUCAUCAUCAGGUCAAAAUUUUAAUUUGAGCAUUUCAUCCUCAAAGAGCCACCAGCUUUUUAUUUUGAUCAUUUCAUUGACUUUUUAAGAACAGGGUAAUGGUCAGUUUAUGUUUGUGGUAGAAACGUUCAGUUCGACAGUGUAGACAAUCCAGGGAGAUAAAAUUACACUUUUUUUCAUCCAUUUUGGUCUGUUUCAUAUGCUCUUUAGCAGUCCUCUGUGGAUUUUUCACCUACUAAUCAUACUACAAAGAUGAGGAUUGAUGGUAUUUAUCCCACAUUCCAGAUUUUGUACCCUUUUCUGAAGUUCCCUGUGGGAUAAAUAAACGAAUGCUCUUUACCAAGGA